CUAGAUAUGAAACCCAAAUUUAAAAUUACUCCAAAAGUAAUAAUAAUUGAUUGGGACGAAACGAUAACAAAAUAUGAUACUAUCGGCCUACUUGGUUCUAUUCCUUAUAAAAAUAAAAUAUUAAGCUGCAAUUUACCACCAUGGAGUCAUUUCAAUAAUUACUACUUUCAGCAGUUCAAGAGUUUCAACGACUCAUUUAACGCAAAGCAUAAAGUCACAUCUACUAAGGAUGAAAUUUACUAUCAAAAACAGCUAAAAUCAAUCGAUCUUUUGUCUAUUAAUAAAAUAGUAAAGAGUAAGGUAUUUGAAAAUGUUACUGACAAACAGUUUAAAAAUUUACUGGAUGAUAUCAAAAUAAGAGAAGGAUUUUGGGAGUUUAUCAAUUCAUUGAUUCAAAAUGACAAUGAAAACCUUCCAAACUAUAAAAUAGCAAGAAAAAUUAUUAUUCUUAGUGUGAAUUGGUCAAAGCUUCCAAUUCAACAUGCUUUUAUUCAAAAUCUAGGUUCGGAAAAUUAUCACAAAUACAUUAAAAUAAUCACAAAUGAGUUUGAGUUCCAAACUGUAAAUACGAAUGAAUUGACUGGUAAAAUAAAUGAUUCAAAUGAACUUAUUAAUGUUUUGAUUAAAAUUAAAAACAGUCUGAUGUUAAAAACAAAGGAGAAGGACAUGAUGAUAUACAUUGGAGACAGCAGAACCGAUUUGUUAUCCAUGCUAAAUUGUGAUAUUGGAUUUAUCAUGAGU